GAGAAAUUUCGUUCAGUCAAAGUUCACUGCAGUCUUCCUCUCUGUUCAAGUAGGCCGUGUAUCUACGUCCGAAUGCUGGCCCUACGCCGCCUCCCACCUCGAGCCUUUGGUUUCGCGCGACAAAGUGCAACAGUACAAGUAGCUUUCGUGUCGACAGCUGCAGACACUGACAGCUCGCAGUCCCAGUCGUCCGAAGUACCCGUGACACCGCAGAAGAAGCAGUCUCGGACAAUUAGAACACGUCGGCCUAGAAUUUCGCUGCAGCAUCCGCGCGAAUGGAAUAGGCCUCUUGCAUUCGGUGUUCUUCCUGCUUUCGACGAAGCACUGAAGGUCAUUAAAGAGGAUUCAAUGACACUCAAGGAGGAUGUAAAGUCUUUGGAGGAAGCCAUUGCGCGUGCAAAGGAGAUUUCCCAGCCUGACCAGUAUGCGUUGCAGGCGCUGGAAGAGAAGCUGAGAAUUUUAGAGGUGCAGAGCGAGAUAAAUUUCCCCCAAGUGAGGUGGAAAUGUGCCAAUGGAAUGGCGGACAUGUCCAAAGCCGUCGAUAGGCACCUGGUGGAGCAGCGGUGGAGAAAGGAGGGUGCAUUAGACUUGCUGAUGGAACGUAUCCACCAGAUGCAAGUCGUGCCAGACGUCUUGCCCGAUAUUCAUCCCUCAUUGGACCUUCGGGUCACCUUCCCAAAAGUGAAGUCGAAUACAGGGCUUCAGGUUACAGUUUCAAAAGUCGUGUACGAGAACGUAGAACCGGGAGUCUUUCUUCUUCCAGAACAGACUGUAGAGCCUCCUAAGAUAUUUACAACUGUCUUUCAUCCAGAAGAGCGACUUUAUACUCUUCUGAUGAUCGAUCCGGAUUUUCCUGACGAGACCAACCAAACAUUCCAGACGUAUCUGCAUUGGCUUCACCUUUCGCCUUCCCCAGUGCCAAACCUGAACACUCACACUGCCUACAUACCACCGCACCCGCAACGUGGGACUACCUAUCACCGCUAUACCAUUCUACUCCUCCCCCAACAGUCCCGUCUAUCAAUUCCUAUGGUCGCGAAGGACAAACGUGCAGGCUUUGAUGUAAGAGCGUUCAUGGAGCAGCAUGGGCUAGACAGGAACGUUGGUGGAGGUGCCCAUAUGUGGCGAGAGGUUUGGAGCGAAGGAGUUCCCGCGGUUUACAAGGACAUACUUAAAACUGUGGAGCCGAAGUUCGGCAGGAUGCCUAAAGCAGAUAGGUAUGGAGAUUUCAGGGGGAAGAAGCGGUAUGUGUGAAGACUCGACAGGGUCCUUCGGUGAUUACUAUGGAAGCAAUAAGUACUUGAUAACUCACUGAUCUAACUGAUCCCCGCUGCUCCCACAUAACGAAUUCAUAUUUGAUCAAUUCUUUAGCAUCAUUUGUUUAGCCAUUACUCUUAUACAAGACCAGUCGAGCCAGAUAACGCAAAUUGUCAA